AUGGGAAAAGCUCAUAGGCCUUAUGUUUUUGUUUAUGGAGCAACGAACUUUAUCACGUCUCCUACUUACACUGUCACACCCGAAGUAAAAAAAAAAAAGAAGAAGAAAACCGUGUAUGAACAGAUCAUAGGCAUGACUGGUUCUUCCUUAAAUCUGCCGCAAUUGGCCAGGGAAGCCUCAAUAUCGGUAGUAGUCUCUGAAAAUGAUGACGCACAAAUGUUAACUCAAAUUGCUAGUGAAUCAGACACUGUCACUGUAACUACAAAUGGAGAGGUUAAAGAUAGCGAUUUCGAAAGUCACAAUGCAAGUGUACAAAAUAAUAUCAUUAAGCGCGAAGGAAGUGAUGUAUUUGAUUCAGACUCCAAUAUUCUCACACAAUGGAUAUAUAAAAAUAAUUUAGAUCGUGUCAUAAAGUAAGUUAAAAUUUUGUAAAUAAAAUAAAUUAACAAGGCGGAGUCCUAGACCUAAAACUAAAUGCCCUAUGAAUAAUUCAAACUCAGCUAAUAUUAUAAUUGAAAUUAUAUGACUUAAUUUUUUUUAUCUUGUCUUGCACAUUGGUGGAUGGUUGGUCAGAAACUUACCCAUGCCCAUGGCAUGGCCCAUGGUCCAUGGUUGGGUGCAUUUUUAAUUUUAACUCAGAAAUUUGAUUAAUUAUAUUAUUUUGGGGGGGAAUAAGUAUCUCAGUAAUUGAUCGAUUAUGUCUAAACUAAGUUGAUAUUUUUCAUUUUAAUGUAAGGUUCCAAACUUUGUUACCAAUUGCCAAAAGCUCACUUAAUAUUAAUAACAAAAAUAAACAUGAAAUGUGGGCUAUUUAUAAAAAAAAUAAUAGCCAAGGCUGGGUGCAAAAGGAGGAGGGUUGGCUUGAGGCCAGCUACCUCACUCAUAAAAACCAAUUGCUACAGAAAUGCCAACAAGAAAAAAACAAGAAAUUUCAGCCCUGAGAAAAGAGGGCUCUUCUUCUCCAAAAAAGAGCUAUGAAGCCUUGCGAUCAAACCAAGGCUAUACUGGAAGCCGAAGACCCUCCUUUAAACAAACAUAGACACGUGGAACAUCAGAACCAUGUACAAAAUAGGGAAAGCAGCACAGGUGGAGCAGUAAUGAGAACUUACAAACUCACACUGCUUUGCAUCUGUGAUAUAAAUUGUGUUCUUGUGGACGGCCUAUGCCCCAGACAGUGUAAAAAGCCAUAAGAAGAAGAAGAGAUAUUUUUAAAAAAAUACUAGGCUUAAUGACAUAAUGGUGUAAAUAAUUACUGAGUAUAAAUAAAAACUGUUGUUAAUUGCUCUAUAAUAAUUUCACAAUCAAAUGAAAAGGAUGAUAAUUAUUUAGUAAAUCAUAAAUAUUUAUUAAUUAUAAUUUAAAGUAGAAUACUUGUAUGCCACUUAACUAUCAUAAAACUGACCUAUUACUUUUUUUGCAGAUGUUUCGAAAGUGAGUCUGAUCCACUAAGAGCAGAAGCUUUGAUUGCUGUAAACAGCAGAGAUGACUUUGGCAAGACACCGUUAGAUGUUGUGGCAUGUCUAGGCCAAACAGAUGUAGUUAGACUUCUAAUUGAGAAAGGUGGUGCUGAUGUCAACAGCUGCAAUUCCAAAGGUAAGCUUUUUUUAGCUGAUUAAGUCAUACUUUAUUCUUUUUAAAACAUCAUUCUAUAGAGUUGUGGAUAUGGAUAUAUCAUUUAUCUGUUAAUUGAAGUGCAAAUAAGGGCAGUCUUGGGUUCUCAGGUGAUGGUAAAUGUUUAUGUGGCUCACAGUUAUGUAGAGAGCUUCUAUGAAAACUGCUAGAUACAUUUUACUUCAUAUCACCACUUUUCCCAAUUCAUUGCUUGCAUAUUCUACUAUAAUGCGUUGUUAGCAUUCAUUGGCAGCAUCUGGUGGUUGCAUCUGCUCUUAGCAUUCAUUGGUAUCAAACAAUGUUAGUAUUCAUUGAUAGCUCCAAACUAUCUUUUCAUCUAUCUUCUUAUGCUUUCAAGCUUUUGCAAAACAUUAUCACUGGGAAUAUCAACUAUAAAAUUUGAGCUUGUACUAAGAUUUUUUGUGUGUCUAUGUGUCAGAGCACUUCCAAGUUUGCUGAAUCCUCUACCUUUGGUAGUUGAAAGUUUUUACUCUGAGUUUAACUCCUCCCAAAGUAUAGCUGAUAAGUCCAUGUCAUCCAGAUUUUUGCUCUUAGCUGGAUCAGCCCCAAGAGGAUUAGACCCUGGUAUCUCUUGGUUGUUAGGCAGACAUGAAACAAUAGGUCACAAAAAAAGGACCCUAGUCCAACUUUCAACGACCUGGUCUAAUCCCUCAAUAAUAUGGACUAAUCUCUCACUAGCCUGGACUAAUUUCCACAUAAUUUGGUUUUAUCUCUCAAUAACCUAAACUUAUCUUCACAUAACCUGGUAUAAUAUCUCAAAAGCAUGGUCUAAUGUCUCAAUAGCCAGGACUAAUCUCCACAUAAUUUGGUAUAAUUUCUCAAUAACCUGAACUUAUCUCCACUUACUCUAGUCUAAUCUCUCAAUAACCUAGACUAAUCUCAAUAACCUGGACUAAUUUCCACACAAUUUGGUAUAAUCUCUCAAAUAACCUGAACUAAUCUCCCUAUAACCUGGGCUAAUCUCCCCAUGGACUGGUCUAAUAUCUUAAUAACCUGGACUAAUCUCCACAUAAUGUAGUCUAAUAUCCACAUAGCAUAAUCUAAUCUCCCCAUUGCAAGGUCUAUUGUCUCAAAAUUAACAUUAGCUAAUCUCUCUAUAACCUGGCGCUAUUCUACCCCCAAAGCACUGGCAUAGAUGCUACAAACUCUUCGACCACAGGAGGUCUCAGAUUUUUAAGGGGCCCAAAGUCAUGAUGGGGAACAUAAUUAAUAGACAGUAUAUUAUAUUGCAUUGAUGAAUUGUUAAAUGACAAAAAAUGGAAAAGUGUGUGAGGGCAAAAGCUUGGCUUCCCCGCCGUGGCAAGGUAUAUAAUUUUUAUAUUAACUUAUGUUCCUGUCACCAUAACCUGUUCUAAUCUCCCCAUCACAUAGUUUAGUCUCUCCAUAGCCUGGUCUAGUAUCCCCAUAAACUGACAUGUGUUCGUCACAAUGUGAUCAAGGUUUAGACUUUGCAGGAUAAAAUUACAUGGGCUGGGAUUUUUCGUUUGGAGGAUAACCUGGUUACCUAAAUGACAAAUUGUAUCACUCGAUGCACCAAGAGAACAUCGUAUGUGGAUGAUACAUCUUGGCACCAUUAGCAACACAGGAACCGCCUACAAAAUAUUCAUUUUGUCAGUGUUAUCCAAAUAAGGGACUCUAUCUUUUGGUUUGUAUUCAGGAUUCAGAAUUCUCUGAGAUGGGUAGCCGUCCAAGUUUAAUGAGUCCCAUCCACCCAAGGUGCUGGGGAUGUUUUUGCUUGUCUGGCUUUGGUGGGGAUUGAACACCAGACUACUAGUUAUUUGGAUGAAUCAGUUUGGACUGCUCAGCCACCCAGCACCCCAUAUCCACACAACCUGGUCUAGUAUCCCCAUAAUCUGGUCUAGUAUCCACAUAAUCUGGUCUAGUAUCCACAUAAUAUCAUCUAGUAUCCAUAUAAUCUGGUCUAAUCCCACAACAUCCCCCCCCCACACACACACACACAAAGUAUUUUUUUUUAAUUCAAAGGUUUCGUUUUUCCACUACAUAUUCUAAAAUAAUAAUACCCAUUACAGAUUCUGACUCUCAAGAGUCUUGUCUCUGUCACAUCAUCAUGGCUUAUACCUUUUUUUCCCCCUCAUACUUCUCUCCAAACCUUUAAUGUUUUUGUUGUUUUUUUAAAAAUAAAAUGUCAUAAAUAUUUCCAUCUCUUGGUCAAUAACAUAAUUAUUAAGUUAUAUUACAUUUUUAAACUAACAAUUGAAUUAUAGAUUUUAUACAUGAAGUGCCAUUAAACAAAUUUUUUUCCUGUGUAAAUUUUUUUGGGAAAUGACAUAUGUGUUUAUGAUAGAGCUCCUGCCAAAAAUUGUGCUUAUUUGUAUCGGUCAAUUAUCUUUUUUUUAAUAGAUUGUUCAAUGUUUUGCCAUGUUUCCAUGUAAGUUUGUGUCUGUUUGUUUCAAAAAUAAGUCCCAUAAAUCCUAAUACUAUCCCUUUUUACUAUUCCUAAAUCCAUCCAUCCCUGUGGUACUACAGCCUGUGUAGGACUUUGUCCUGUCUCACCACUUCCUUCCACAAUGAUCUAACUGAUGCUAUUUUUUCCAUGCUUGGGUUCCUAGCUGCUGCUCUCUUUUUCCACAUCAUCCAUCCGUCCAGGUCUGCCUUUGAGCUGUGUUCAUGUUGGACAGUGAUGUUUUGAUGUCUGUUAAUGUAAUUUUUUUUUCCACGUCUUGUUUUUGAUUUUCUUGUCGUUUUUGUGCAAAUGGUGUGUAAUUAUCUUGUAUAUUUGAAUAAUUUUUUUUUCUUUUUCAAAACGCUGCACAUAGUAUCUUUUAAAUGUGUUUAUUAUCUUUGGAGUAUCAGUGUGUGUUUCCCUUUCUGUAUCUAUGAUUUGUCCUAUAUGUCUGCUUUUUCAUGUGUUUUGUUCUAUUUUUAAAAAUUGCUUUGUAGGUGCUUCUGUGUUGUUUGUGAUAAUUAUACUUCUAACCUAUGCACCAUUUUAUUUAUGUUUUUGGAUUGUUUCUAGUUCUUCUUCUCAUUCUUGAAUGGUGUGGUGAAGUGGAUUGUUUGAUUUUUCUGUUGGUAUGAGUACCAGUAUUCUAAUUCCUUUUCCUUUUCUCUGAUUAUUUUCUGUGUAAGUGGGUUGCAAUUUUUUGUGUGACAUGUUUGAUUGUAGAAUUUAAAGUUCCCAGUUUUGCCCUUAUGUUUGUUGAUGUUAGUGUUAUAUAUAUAUAUAUAUAUAUUGCUAAAUUCAGUUAUUAAUAAUUUCUGUGUACUGAUUGGGUUCUAAAAGUGCAUUGUUGAAUUUCAAAUGAGGGCAUUUUUUUAAAAUGAUGUGUUUUUUUUUUUUAAAUUUUAAUUUUUACCCCUUUGUGAUCUUUAAAGAUUAAUAAUUAUUGAAUGUGUUUAGCUUCAUUGAUUGUGUCUAUUUUGGUAUGUAAAUUGAUCAAGUCAUCAAGUCUUGAUUAGUUAAUUUGGUGUUAAAAGUUUUGCUUGUAAAUAUUGUUUCUUUCCCUCCCUUGUGUAGUGUUCUGUAUGCGUCUACUAUGGUAUAAGUCUCUUUUAUGUAUUGUAUUUUAUGUUCAUAUCCUUUCUUCUAAAAUUAUAUAUUUCCUUUUUUGGUUUGUUGUGUCUAAACUUACAUGGCCUAGUCUCCAGAGUGAAUCCAUUAUUUUCUGGGAUCACCUGGUAUUGUUAACUUAUUCUUUGAUUUUAGGUUUUUAAAUGAAUAAAUUAUUGGAUAAAUAUGCUUUGGGACAAUUUGAAACACAUUCACCUAGAAUUUAAAUAAAUGCAGGUUAUACAGCUCUUCAUUUUGCUGCUGCCUGGGGAAGAAUUUCAGUUUUGAAGGUUCUUGUGGAGAAGGGAGGUAAUCUUCAGCUUAUAAAUGUCUUUAAUGAACGUCCAAGGGAGACAGCUCUGCGGUAUAAUCAAGUGGAAUGUGUGGAAUUCAUUGAUUUGUCCGGUUUGUAACCCCACAUUUAUUUGUCUUUAUUAUUUUAACUAAAGAGUUACAGACAUUUAUCAAAACUGUUGAUGCCAAGAACGCAGUCAGUUGUUAGCAAAGUUUUUUCUACUUCCUUUCUAGCUUAAAAAAAAAAAGUAGCUUUCCUUUUUUAUGCUAUGUUUUUUUGCAAGGAGAAAAACAUUCAAUUUAAUAAUCAAAUUUUGAUUUUGAUUUAAAACAAUUAUUAUACACUUUUAAUUAAUCAACAGAAGCAAAAAUUUUAUUACAAGAAGCAAUAGCUGUGGCUGAAGAUGCUAUUUACGAUCCUGUUGACAAAACUGCUCUGAGCAGACUGACCAGAGAAGAAAAGGUAACCCCAGAGGCAGGAUUAUUUAAAUUGUGUCACUUAACUGAGUAUCUCAAACAUGUUUUUAGCAGUGAAAAGAAAACAUAAUAAGAUAAAAUAUUUUUUCUCAAUUUAUAUGACCGGAUAACAUACUCAAAAUAAAUAUUGGAUUUAUGUCUUAUUUAAUUCAAUUAUUGAAUUAAUGAUUCCCAUUUGAUAUAAUCACUGCACUUUUAAAGUUUCAUGUAAUGUAAUCAUUGAAUGUAAUAAGUCUCAUCAUUAAAUUGAUAAGUUUCAGAAUAAGAUUAAACGUUUUUCUUCAAGAAAUCUUGUUACUUGUCAUGGCAAUUAGCAGAUUAAUGUUGUCAUUUAACACAGCUAAAUCUUGUCAUUUAACACAGCUAAAUCUUGUCACUUUAUUGUCCCAAUUAUCCUGCAGUAUACUGUAGUGAAUGCUUGUAAAGAAAAACAAGAGUGGUUGGAAAACAACAAGCAGGCCGUUGUCCGUGACUAUGUAGCCCAACGCUUGUCUCUCUGUGAAACUGUCAACCCCAUUCUCAACAAAAUUGCAGAAUCAAGUAAGUGUGGCUAUGAUCCAAUAAGAUUAUUAAAUAAUCAUAUU